GCGAGAGAGAGAGAGAGAGAGAGAGAGAGAGAGAGAUUUCGAGCAGGUGAGUACAGCGCAGCAGCUCAUUGGGCAGAAAGAGGAAGAAGAACAAAGAAACCAAGAAAGAACUGUGCAAGGAAGGAGAAAGAAGAGCCUUUCUUCACACGGAACAAUGGCCGCCUCUUCAGGUCUCUCCAAGAUCAUUGCACUCGCCUGCUUCAUCGCCGCCGCGCUCGUCGUCUUCUCGCCGACGAAUGGCGUCGUUGCGAGUGCGGACCACGAGCUGCUUGGCUGGGCGCCGGCUACUAGAUCCGGCUGCCGGGGGACCAUCGCCGAGUGCCUUGGCUUCGGCGGCGGGGAGUUCGAGCUGGACUCGGAGGGCAGCCGGCGUAUCCUAGCCGCCACCCGCUACAUCAGCUACGCAGCGCUGCAGAGGGACAGUGUCCCCUGCUCCAGACGUGGCGCCUCCUACUACAAUUGCAAGCCCGGUGCUCAGGCCAAUCCGUACACCCGUGGGUGCAGCGCCAUCACUCGUUGCAGGAGUUAGUUCUCCCCUCUUCCAUCUUAAAAAAGGAAAAAGAAAAAAUCUCUUUUCUUUCUUAUUUUUUUUUUGUUUUUUCUUUAUGAGAUGGGAUUGUUUGUUAUACGAUGGAAAAUAGGGGGCACCAGUUAUGGGUCUUUUGUUGUUGUCUAUGAUGAAAAUACAGUUGUCAUAAAAUGGUAUUAUAAUUUUUGUGCUGUCUCUGUAUAAGAUAAUUACUUUACUAUUCUUUAUAUAUAUAUAUAUGUAUAUAUAAACUGGUUUUGGUGCA